UCCGGCCGAUGGGAUUGUAUGUGCUCUAUGGGCUGUGAGUCCUCCUGGGAACAUGGGGGCUCUGGGACUGACUUGUGCACUUCUUCUGGCAACUUUCUGUGCAGGGUCUGGUCACAAUGAGGAGGACCCUCGGGAAUGCAUUUAUUAUAAUGUCAACUGGGAGACUGAAAAAACGAACCAGAGCGGGGUGGAGAGGUGUGAUGGCGAGAAGGAUAAACGCCUUCACUGCUAUGCAUCUUGGAGGAAUAAUUCUGGCUUCAUCGAACUUGUGAAGAAAGGAUGUUGGUUAGAUGACUUCAACUGCUAUGACAGACCUCAGUGUGUAGCGAAGGAAGAGAACCCGCAAGUAUUUUUCUGCUGUUGUGAUGGGAACUACUGUAACGAGAAAUUUACUCAUUUGCCGGAUGUGGAAACAUUUGAUCCGAAGACUCAGCAGUCCGCUUCAGUGCUGAACAUACUGGUGUAUUCCCUACUUCCCAUCAUCGUUUUAUCUAUGGCCAUUCUCCUGGCCUUCUGGAUGUACCGCCAUCGGAAGCCUCCCUAUGGUCAUGUUGACAUUAAUGAGGAUCCCGGCCCACCUCCGCCAUCUCCAUUAGUUGGACUGAAGCCCCUGCAGUUACUGGAAAUCAAGGCGCGGGGCCGGUUUGGCUGCGUGUGGAAGGCACGGCUGUUGAAUGAAUAUGUAGCGGUGAAAAUCUUUCCUAUUCAGGACAAGCAGUCUUGGCAAAGCGAGAGAGACAUUUUCAACACCCCUGGAAUGAAACAUGAAAACCUCUUGCAUUUCAUCGCGGCUGAGAAAAGAGGAACCAACCUGGAGAUGGAGCUGUGGCUAAUCACCUCUUUCCAUGAGCAUGGUUCCCUGACAGACUAUCUAAAAGGAAACGUCCUAAGCUGGAAUGAUUUGUGCCACAUAGCUGAGACUAUGUCUCGAGGCUUGGCAUAUUUACAUGAAGACAUCCCUCGUUGUAAAGGUGAAGGCCACAAGCCCGCCAUAGCCCACAGGGAUUUUAAAAGUAAAAAUGUUUUGCUGAAAAAUGACCUGACGGCAAUCCUGGCAGAUUUUGGGUUAGCUGUUCGGUUUGAACCUGGAAAACCACCUGGAGAUACACAUGGACAGGUUGGCACCAGGCGGUAUAUGGCUCCAGAGGUGCUGGAGGGAGCAAUUAACUUCCAACGAGAUUCUUUUCUCAGGAUAGACAUGUAUGCUAUGGGACUUGUGCUCUGGGAAGUUGUAUCCAGGUGUACAGCUGCUGACGGACCCGUCGAUGAGUACAUGUUGCCAUUUGAGGAGGAGAUUGGUCAGCAUCCGUCGUUGGAAGACCUGCAGGAAGUAGUGGUUCACAAGAAGAUGCGUCCUUCAUUCAAAGAACAAUGGUUGAAACACCCUGGUUUGGCACAAUUAUGUGUCACCAUUGAAGAGUGCUGGGACCAUGAUGCAGAGGCACGACUCUCUGCGGGAUGCGUUGAGGAGCGUAUUUCUCAGAUCCGCAAAAUGGUGAACGGCACUACCUCGGACUGCCUUGUUUCCAUUGUUACAUCUGUCACCAAUGUGGACUUGCCGCCCAAAGAGUCCAGUAUCUGAGU